AUGGCCAAGCCGUCUGUCAGCCCUCGUUCCCUCCAAACCCGCAUCUCCCAUAUCCUUAAACAUUGGCCUACCGAUGCGGUCCGUCCGGCCAAUGUCUCGGUCCAGAAUUACCUCCAGUCACGCAUAGGGCACAAGACACCGAAUGCCUCCCCGGAUGCGCAAUCAACGCCUGUUUCCAAGCCCGGAGGCGAGCUGUCGGAGGCCUCCGUAAAUGCGCUGACCUCCCUGCUGAAUGAUCGCUUUGCGCGUCGCUACCCGCUGUCGUCCAAGAUCCGACACCCAGCGAGCGAUCCGGACUACUACGAUAACCUGAUUCGCGAAUUUGAAGAAGCACCAAGCCGCGACUGGUUCGGCCGGUUAAAGAAGAGACUGGGCGGAAUUCUGCGCUUCUCGUGA